AUGUUCAUCGUUCAAUUUUGGGCUUGGGAGCAUUUGCCAUGGAUUGCGCCAAAGGUAGACCCCGACAAGGAAUGGGCACCCGACCAUCCCCUACGACAUGAAGCUUAUGGUUGUAGGUGGAUUGGUGAAACAACAUGCGAUAACAUAGGAGCGCAUAAGCUGGAGGAGUAUCGUAGGAGGCUGGAUCACCUUUGGGAAGCAGAGCUUAAGUUCGAUCCGUAUCCAGAACACAUCGUCGCGCAUCACGUCCACAAGUUCCCGUUGAUACCGUUCAAUGGUGCGGCGGACGGAGCUUUGAUUGAUGGCAUCGACCGUAUACACGACCUCGCUCGUAUUGCAGAUCCUUUGGCGACGGGGCGAGAGGUGGGGCUCAUUCGAAGGAUAGCGAAUAGCCUCCUUGGCUGUAUGAGAGCGUGCUCCCGUGACCGUCACAGAUACCCGCCAGUUCCCCCAGUUACACCGCGACCGGUGACGAAAGAUGUCCCCCACGUGCCUCUGCCGGUCAAUAGAAGGCCAAACAAGGCUACAAGGGAUCGAACUCACGUUCCCGAGAUCAAGCUGAUUGAGGCAUGGAUGGUGCUUACUCCAUUGGAGGUGUGCCAAGGUGCAGGGUCGAGUACUCAGUAUGAACCCUGGUCGAGUUUUCACUACGAUCCGCGACCGAUUGCUUUCUAG